CGCCGAGGACGCACCACAGUUCAGAUUUACAAAUUUGGAACACCUCGCCAUUGGCCGAAAAACUGUGACAGGAGUUUUCAAGAACUGUGAUUCGUAAAUAGGUGAUACUUGAGUUGCUUUAUAAUAAGUUACAGUUGGUUAAAAAUCUUGUUAUUUUUUUUAAAAACGCCGUAAAAUGGGUUUCCUAGAAGACCGGGACAUGUCCAAAGUUCCAACUAUUCCUGAAUUCUACAAAGGCAAGACAAUAUUCAUAACAGGAGGAUCAGGAUUUAUGGGCAAAGUGCUGAUUGAAAAGCUGCUGUAUUCCUGCACCGAGCUGGACAGGAUCUAUCUUCUCAUGAGGACCAAGAAAGGAGUCAAGUCGGAGGAUAGACUGGCUCAGCUGUAUUCUUCUCCGUGUUAUGACCGAUUAAGAACCGAAAAGCCUGGAGUCUUCGAGUCCAAAGUGUUCGUCAUAGCUGGGGAUAUAAUGGAAAAUGGUUUAGGUUUGUCCGAAGACGACAGGGCUCUGCUAGUGAACCGUACGAAUAUCAUAUUCCACGUCGCAGCUAGUGUCAGGUUUGACGAUCCACUGCCUUUUGCUGCUAGAUUGAAUCUCAGAGGUACUAAGGAGAUAGUGGAUCUUGCCAGAGAAGUGAGAGAGCUAGCUGCACUUGUUCACAUAUCGACGUCCUAUUCCAACACAAACCACAAAACCAUAGACGAGGUGAUGUACCCUGCCCACGCCGAUUGGAGGGACACCUUGAAGAUUUGCGAGAAGUUGGAUGAGCAUACCGUCAAGGUGUUGACGCCUAAGUAUCUUGGCGAGAUUCCAAACACAUACACCUUCACGAAGCAGCUGGCUGAGCAUGUGAUAUAUGAGCAGAGAGGCCAGCUGCCCGCAGUCAUCAUCAGACCUUCGAUCGUCGUUGCCAGCGUGGAGGAGCCCAUGCCUGGGUGGAUUGAGAACUUCAAUGGACCAGUUGGGAUACUCGUCGCUUGCGGGAAAGGUAUAAUGCGCAGCAUAUAUUCUGAUCCCGACUUGAUCGCGGACUAUGUUCCCGUCGACGUGUCCAUCAAGAACUUCAUCGCUGCAGGAUGGAUACGAGGCACUAAGAAACUACAAAAAUCAGAUGACAUAACAAUUUACAAUUGCUGCACGAGUAAUCUGAACAAUAUUACGAUGGGGGAGCUGGUGGAGACGGGACGGAAGAUCUCUGAAAUGUACCCACUCAAUGAUAUGCUGUGGAACGUAGGGGGAAAUAUCACCAAAUGCAAGUUCUUGCAUUAUAUUAAGGUUCUCUUCGUCCAUUUAUUGCCUGCAAUCAUCAUUGACACAAUUCUCCGGCUCCUUGGCAAGAAACCGAUGUUGGUAAAAGUCCAACGGCGCAUCUACAUAGCGACAAUGGCCUUGGCCUACUACGUAACCCAGCAAUGGACCUUCGUAAAUAAAAACUUCAUCCAACUCCGUUCUAGUAUAAAAGAGGAAGACAAAAGUGACUUCUACUAUGAGGUAGAGAACGUGGAUAAAUACGAAUACUUCAGAAACAGCUGUAUUGGAGGCAGAAGGUAUUUGCUGCAUGAGAAAGAUGAAGAUUUACCGAAAGCUAAGGCGCAUUUUGCAAGAAUGGUGAUACUGGAUAAGUUGGUUCAGUGUGUGUUCUACGGUUAUUUAUUCUGGUGGGUGUUCAAUACCAAUUUUGUACAAAAUCUUAUCAGUUCCGUCAUGGAUUUCUCCAUUAAUAUCUGAUUUUAGUUUCCUUGUCAAAAAAACGUAUUAAUUUUAUUCUUCACUUUUAAAUCAUAAUUUAAUACCAGUUUGUUAUUUAUUUUGUACUUUUUGUGUAAAAUAGUUUUAUAUUAUAUA